CGUUAUGAGGAGUAUACCUGCUUGGACGUAAUAAGUCUCUUUUGUUUAAUCUCUUUAGCUUUGGACAGGAUGUUGGUUGAAAUUCUUCUCGUAAUUCCAGGACUGUUUCAUCUUGUUUCAGGACAAGGCGAAAGGACCUCUGUACAGUCUGCUACACCUGAUCCACUGGAAGAGUUAUUUGGCAUAGGACUUGAUAAAAACAUUGAUCCGUGGUCCAGCAAUUUAAUCUUCGGAGACAUCCAACAAAACGAAUUUUCCAACUCCGUAGUCACCACUCCUCCUCCGCUCCCUAGAAACAAUAAUCAGGAAAGAUCCAGACAAGAAUCAUUACCAGCAGGGUUAUCUUUCCUUAAUGGAGGCGGAUCACUUCCAGGUUUUCCUGUGCUAGACGCAAUCCCUCCACCCGUUGACCAGGCUAGCACAGGUGAAAAUGGACUAUUAAACAUUCCACCUAUGCCCAAUUUUGAUCAACUUGGACUGGAAAAUGUUCUUGAUAAAUUUCUCCCCAUUGAUGGUUCGUUUAGAUUACCGCCUCCAUCUGAUAAUCCUAUUAUUCAUUCAAGGGAAAAUUCGCCAAUACCCUCAAUUGGCCAACUUGGAAUUGAUAGUAAUGGACUAUUUGGUGACAGUCUAUUUUCUCCCAGUGCUGGAAGUUUAUCGAACACACCAGCGGCAUCAACUAGGUCAACUGAGAAUCUUUCAACGGUAACUAACAAUAAUAACAACAACAACAACAACCAAAUGGGUUUGGUUGACAUUCCUUCGGAAACCACUUCAUUAAAUCAAGGUAACUUGGCACAAAAUUUGGCUACCUUGCCAACAGAAAAGAGCACAGAACAAAAAGCAAUUGAUCACAGUAUCUGGGAUGGCAUAUUACCUCCUAUACCAAAAGACAGAAAUCCAGUAGAGGUAUUGCCUACCAACAAACCAACUCCAAAACCCAAAAUAAGUGACAGGAAUCCAAAGAAGAAAAAGGCUUUGUUACCUCUUCUGCCACCAACACUAACAAGAAAAUCUACAAAAAACAAAGCCAAACGCAUUCCAAGUAACCGUAUAUUAAAUACAAUUCCUAGAGUCAAUCAAUUAAUCACAACUACUACACCAAGGCCAAUAAACAUAAAUAACAAAAAUCUGUUGGCAAAUAUUCCUUCAAUCGAUCAGCUUGGAAUUUUUGGAAGCAGUAGCCCAACUAAGAAUACAAUACUGUCUGAUAAUGCUCCAAAGACUACAGAACAGCCAUCAAUAAUUGGAGACAUUUUUCAAUUUCCCGAUCAAUUUAAUGGCGGUAACCGACAAUCUUCAUCUGUAAACAAAGAUAAACCCGAAGAUUUAAUGCCCACUUCUCAAACACAAGCAGGUGACACAUUUUCUACAGACUCGCCGAAGAAUGCUACCACCUUAGAAGAAAUCUGGAAAAAUAUAUUGAUUGAAAUACCUGAGUUAGGUAAACUUACUGGAGAGGAAACUCCAAAAGAGAAACCUAAAAGUAUCGAUGAACUUCUAGGAUUUUCGGUACAUGACAUUGAAUCAUUCGAUGCAAAUCAAAGUAAUACAUUACAACCAGACGAAACAAAACCUGAGACGAUUCUUAAAGUUACAACCCCCAAACCUUUUCCUGUCUUUCUACGAACCACAACUCCGACAGCCUAUGUACCAACAACCACAUUACCUCCCAGAAUUUUUGUAACUCCAUCUAAAACACCAUUACCACCUCUGAAGGUAAAUACCCCGAUUACCACAACUACACCAGCAACUCCACCACCGCUUCCACCGCUAAUUUUGUAUACCACAACUUCCACAAUUCCGCCACCACCACCACCGACGACGUCAACGCGCAAAACACCGACUACCACGGAAAAGGAUAUUUAUUCACUACCUAUCAUCCCAACAAUACCACCUAAAGUAUAUGUCCCCCCUACAUUGGCUUCACCUGAAAAUAUGGCCACACCACAGAAACAUAUAACAAUUGAUUUUAAAAAGAAGGACCAGAAUAUUUUUGAAUCACCUGAUUUUAAAAUCAAAGAUGAAGGUGCACUGCCUCCUCUAUCUGGCGAGUUACUUCCGACGUUAGGUCUUCCUCAAUUGACCGAUUUUUCUAAAACAGUAUCAACAACGAACAAUCCACCAUUAGAAUUGCGUUCUGAAUCAGAAUCAAGUUUUACAACACCCUUUUCAAUAAAUAAUUUUGUUCCAACAAUUCCAGAUGAGCAAUUCAAACAACCUGAUAUCAUAGACGUGGGAAUAUUUAAUGAUAACAAAGAAAGGAGUCCAUUCACACAAACUAUAUCUGAAGAACCUUGGUUUCCGAAAGUAGAAGAAAACAACAUCCCUGAACGUUCCACUGGUGAACAAGGAAAUCAAAAAGAAUCGCAAGUGUUCGACUGGGAUGCUUUGUUUCCAAACACCCAGAAAUCAGUGUUUGAAAACCUUUCAAAUGAAAAAGAAAAUCAAAAGAGCGCCGAUAUCUUUUCAAAAACGGAGGAGAAAUUUAAGCCAAUUGAAUUUACAGAUGGAAAAGAGUCUACUACUACUUCGAAAUCAUUUAUACCAAAAACAACUGAAGAAACACCUUUGCUAGGACUAGAAAUGCUCAUGGGGAAAAAUACAGAACACUCUAUGCCAACAACGACUAGCAUACCGGAAUUGCCACCGUUAGACUUUGAUCUACUAGGCAGCUUGACUAAAGAUCAAAAAGAAUCCAAGGCAACUGUAAACGAAGAUCGAAAUAAAAUAACAAUUAAACAUCAGAAUAUUAAAGAUUUUCCUCCACUUGAUAUUGACAUUUUGCAAAGAUUUCAAGACGUUAAGGAGGCAGAAACAACUCCUUCCCCUCCUACUCCAACACUUCCUUCUCUCCCUUUCUUUGGGGAUAUGAACACAAUGAAUACAGGUAGACAACAGCCUUGGGAUACCACUCCGAGGGAUGAAAUAUUCAAUGCUAGAGAUACGAGUUUUUUCACAACUUUACCCCCUUUUACACGUAAUGAAGAACCUGAAAAAGCUGGAACGAUUUCAAGAUCACCUGAACGGACAAACGAUCUUCCAUUCAUUGGACCUACUUCAGAAGCUUCGAAACAUUUCGACUUUGAGCCUCAUAGUGGCGGAAACAUUCGACCACAUCCCAUACUUUUAAGCCAGACCACAACUCAAAGAACACCCAUAACUAAAGAAAAAACAAAUAAACCAAAUAUUUUGGUGAUAGACAUUGUGAAAAAACCAUCGGAAGAAAUAGACACCACCACAAGACGAAGUAGUCCUGUUUUCCAAAAUGCAAAUAAUUUAGUAAAUACUCCACAGGUUACUCCAACACCACAAAGAGGAACUACUCCAGCUUGGUUGAUGUCGACACUUUUGGCAAUUAGAGCCCGUCUUAAUCAAUUGAGAGCUCUGAGAAACAACAGGCAAAACACUGAAAACAGUAAUAGUCAGAAUCCAGUUAUAAAUACACCCACUAAUCAGAACACAAAUCCAGGACAGGUAUUUACAUUACCAUCCCAAUUAAAUUUGAACAGUCAACGAAACAAUGGACAGCUGAUCCAAAAUCAGCAGCCUCAGCUUCAAAAUGGAAAUGUUCGCAACCUUAAUAUACAGCGACCGGGUGCAAAUGGGGUUUUAUUUCAAGGGAAUCCAAACAACUUACCAUUUUCAAACAGAGGCAUAUCUCAGAGUCAACCCCUUGCAAACUUUCGAAACUUAAUGUCUCAAAAUGCUCAACAGCAAGGGAGAAGACAGUUUCAGAUGCCAAAUAUUCCAAAUCGGUCUAACCAACCAAAUUUACAAGUCCGACAGCCUGUUUUCCAGCCUUCUGUAAACUUACGACAAACGCAGACACCCGGGAUUCAGAAUAUACAGACGCAACAGAGCGGAGCCACAGAGGCGGAAAGGGAACUCCUCAGAGAACGAGUCCGCCAACGCAUUCAACAAGUUCUUAGAACUCAAAUUCUUCGUCAACUUCUAGUUCGCCGUUUACAGGCACUUCGAAGUCAAACAAAUAAUAAUGCACAGCCGGCUGCAAAUCAGCCUAUUAGGCGGAUUCCAACAUCAACCAACAAUAUGAAUAUAAUGAGUGCCAACAAUGCCAUAAAUAUUAUACGUCAAGCCAGACAACGUGCAUUAGCGGCAUCGCAGCAACAGCAGCAGCUGCAACAACAACAACAACAAUGGCCUGGUCAACAGUUUAACAAUAUUUUCAGAAGAUUUUCAAAUCGAAAUUUACAAAAUGUAGGGUUCACGCCUAACUCCUUUGGACGCCAGCAGACGACACAGCCUUUAGAUUUUUCGAGACUUUUCCAAAACAACAGAGGGUUAAAUUUUAACAAUCGUCUUGCUCAGUCAAUUCAACGAAUGGUGUCAAACGAAACGAAUGGAAAUAGAAUGAGGAGGGAUCAAGGCCCUGACUUAUCACAACCGCCCUCAGAAAGAGCUCUUCAGACAUUAAGAAAUUUUAAUCUUCAGAGAACUCGUGGUCUUCAACCAGGUACUACUUCUAAUGUUAGAAAUAAUCAAAAUCUAAGAGUGGAAAGAAGAGCCAUUCCUAUUUCAGAAGCUUUUCAACUAACAGAACGAUUACGUGCACAAAACAGAGACAUUGCACCAUUUAGGAACUUUAAUUCCAAUAUUAUUCCACAAUCUGUAAUGGAACGUUUAAGAAAUGGUUUACGUAGAUUUCAACCAGUGCAAAACGUUCUGCACACACAAUUUAAUAGACAAAGAAUUAUAGUUCCAAUAAAUGGGCAAUUGCUGGGCCAAAGAAAUAAUCUCAAUGUUUCUCGAAGGCCAAACCUGGGUCAAACCAGCCCCCCACCUCAAUUUAACGGACCCCAAGAGGGCUGGCCGUGGGUGGCAGAAAACAGUGAUAAAUGAUCAAGGUUUUUCAUGGCAAAAUGAACAGCUUUAAAUCCUUCACUGUGAUUCAAAAAACAGGACAGCUUCAAGGUCCCUCAAGGUGAUGAUUGCUGCCGUCCAAGAAUACAGUUAUACAAGUCUCUCAAGUUGUCACUUCAUGAUGAAAUCCAUAGUUACUGCAAUAGGAUAUAAAAAGGAAAAGUUUAACGAAAAUGGACAGAAAAGUUCCUUGGUGUUUUGAAGCUCUCUCUAGGCCCAGGUCAUGUCCCGGUUUGCCUAGGCCAAAGUUCCCCCAAGUAUUUUAAGUCCAGGGGAAUUUAAAUUUUUUGACGGAUUUCUGCUUUAUUUAAAAAAGCAGAAUUCUGCAAUUUCGAUGAGUGCUUAAACAGCGAAAUAGAAAAUGAUAUGUUUGUGUAGUGAGAGGAGAAUGCGUUUUGUUUUAUUUUAGUUCAAUUUGUUAUCUACUUAAUACAUUGACACUUUUUAGGAACAUGUACUUGUAUGCAUGACACGUAUUUACAUGUAAGUGAGACAAAAAGGACAAUGUUGUCACUGUAAAUAUUAAUGUUCUAAUUUAUAUUUUGAUGUAAUUUUUCUGUUUUCAAUUGAUUAAAAGAAAAUAUACACAUG